CUUUAUCCCGAAAUUCUCUCUCCCCCUUGUAAAAACAUCAUUUAGUAAAUAUAUCUUUCAAGUUUGAAGCAUUGAAGAAGCCUUUAAAGGAAUGAACAUUGGAACUGGACUGCCUCUCCAAGUUCAACCACCAGCUGCUCCUAACAAUAACCAACUGAACCAUCCCAUCAAUACCUAUGUAGCAGCUAGUUAUGGUAAUGGUGGUGGUAGUAAUGCUGUUGUUGCUGGCGGUGGAGGAGCAUCCGACGGCGGGGAAUGCGCGGUGAGGGAGCAAGACAGGUUCAUGCCGAUAGCUAACGUGGUAAGGAUCAUGCGGAAGAUACUGCCGGCGCAGGCGAAGAUAUCGGAUGAUUCCAAGGAAACCAUUCAGGAAUGCGUGUCGGAGUUCAUCAGCUUCGUCACGGGGGAAGCCAAUGAGCGGUGCCUGCGGGAGCAGAGGAAGACCAUCACCGCGGAAGAUGUGCUGUGGGCGAUGAGCAAGCUCGGCUUCGACGACUACAUUGAGCCUUUGACCCUCUAUCUCCAUCGCCUCAGGGAGUUUGAUGCUGCUGCUGCUGCCCCUGCUGGAUUCUUCACUCCUCCUCCUCCUCCGGCCGACGUUAACGCUACUGGAGAAGGGCCUAGUUCCAGCAGCUCCCAGAGUGUUGUGGUAGCAAUGGAUAAUGGGGAGGAGGAUCAUCAAGAAGUUGGACACCGCAACAAGGAGUAAUUGUGGUGUAUUUGCCCUCGCAGUUCUGCUGCUAAAUUCUUCUUCAAUUUUUUCUUUUUAUGAUUCAAAAGUCAGUCUUGUUCGACAACAAACCUAAUUUGUAGUUGGAUGUUUCUUCUUCUUUCUUUUUUUUUUUUUUUUUGGGUCCUUCUUGCGCGCAUGCAUGUAUUUGAAACAAUUUAAGACUUCAUAAUUAAUUAGUUCUCCAA